GGGAUCCAAGGCCGCAGCCCCGGCACUAACUAAUCUCAACAGUUGCUAAGCGGCUCCAUUGCCGUGCUGGACCUGCAUCAGGGCCCUGGCUCGCCUCUGUCUGGCGCUGAUAGGAUCCGGGCCUCGCGCCAGUGGAAAUCAAACAAUAAAAUUCAGCGUUCACCCGAUGACAUGUUCGCCGUCCCCCGGUGCCCGCUUCGUUGGCCAGUCUCCUCUCGCAACGGUUGCGGCAAUGCUGGAUGACUACGCUCCGGCCGACGGCGCUGCUGACGGCGGAGCGCUAUCUCCCUUUGUUGAGCAGCAUCAUGGGUCGCCCAAUGCGAGACGCGGCGGACCGGGGCCGCAUGCGCACCCGCCGCCCCGGUUUCAAUCGAGACACCAGCAGCAUUGGCCCGGCUUCCGACCCUGGCGACGACACGGCGACGCUGAUGCCGCGGAUGCGCUCAGACAUCAUGCGCAAUACCAGCCCUUUCGUAUGCAAAAGACUCCCCCGCCAGGCAAUUCCGGUCCCCGUCGUCCUGUGCUAGAGUUGAGAUCCGAUGCCCAUGUCCCGCCAGACCUUAUCUCUCCCCGUAGCGACUCCUUCUUCUACAGCUCUCGGCCAGCAAGGCCUUGCCCGAGCCCGACUCCAACCAUUUCACACUUUCCACCCAACAACAGAACGAGAGCCGAGCCGACGCCGACGCCGACGCAACGACCACCGCCUCGGUCCGUUUUUCCGGGCUUAUCCUCCAACCCCUUCAUUCCGGAAUCGCCCGAGUCGGAAGAGACAUCGCCCGUUGAGACGAGACGGUUCCCGUUGCUUACCCGGCAACAUGAACAUGUAGCCCGCUCCGACCGAGAUUCCAGCAUGGGGUCACCCAACGAAAGCCGGCAGGGUACGCCGACAGAGCCUAACAGCGUGGUGGUGGUGGAAAACUUCUCGCGGCCGCGUAAGACUAGUGUCAGGUCACAGCAAUCGGACGGGGCCCUGUCAUGGCACAUGGCGGCACACCGGCUCUAUACCGACCCACCCCAGCUUGAUCAGCCGCCGCCGCAAACAAGCGGUUCCCACCCACCAGCGGGCAUCCACCGUGUCCCGAAUCCCUCAACCCCGAGUCGUCAACCCUCGGAAUCUUCCUCCAGGACGGCUAGCACCUUCUCCUCCUCGAUCCCUCCCCGUCUGAGCCACGAACCUCUCGACAUUUCGCCGAAAAGCGAUCCCUCGAGACUGCCAACUCCGGCCGUCGUUGCUCCAACACCCACCUCUCCGAGAUCGCCGCAAGCGCAGCACAACCACAAUGGUCCCAACCCGCAUCUUCGCGAAGUGCCACCAUGGUUAAUGACCGGCGACGAGGCUCGGUCUAGCUUUCGGUCUCAGCUCACUUCUUCGACGGCACAAGGCACUCUUUUCACCGCGAGUGGGACCGAUCGGAAUAGUGUCACGGAGCAAUCCAUCAUCAACGGUUAUGCGAGGAGGAGUUGGCGGGCGACCUCCGUGGAUGACGGUCUCAGCUUGGAAGACGUGAUGGGCAUGUACGAGAGAGGGUUUAACGACUCCGAUAUCGAGAGCGUCCGCCGCAGCAUGAGGUUUCCCGAUGACGACGACAUCCCUGAGACCGAUCCCGAUAUGGAUAUGCCGGAGAUGGGAGGUUCACGACCGCCCAGUUCCCACUCCGGCGCGAGCGAGUUGAGGGAGAAAAUGCUCGAGGCAAUGAACGACAGCCUGCCAAUCCCCCGAGCGGUCCCGAUCCCGGAAUCGGGCCACCCAAUCGCGAGACAGUCGAGGACUCGACAUUCCUUGCUGCCGAACUCGUUACCGGAUUCGGUCGGCCUCGGCCUUGCAUCCGAGCACGCCUCGCGGCGGGAGAAGGCUGGAUCGGAUACUAUGGAGAAGCACGAUUCCGCCAAGUUGCUGGAUAACGACGGCGAUGCAGGCCUCUCUAAGGAGAUUGGCAUUCAAUCGCCCACCCCAUCAUCCCCAACCUCCCCCGCGCAAGCACAGCCUCCGACAGCAGAUUUGCCCUCGCCGAACUCCGUCACGCCGGUAGUCACGGCCCCCCUCCCACAGGAACCUCCGGAGGACCCGGAUAGUCGAGAUCGGUACGGAUUUCGUAAAGCGAGCGCCAACGUCAGCCGCCAGGAGUAUGACGCCUGGGACAAGACCUACACCGAGUACUUGGCCCGGAGGCGCAAGAAGUGGAUUGCGUUUCUCAAAGACAACUCGUUGAUGACGGAUCGGCCGAACCGAUUCCCGCCGCGCAGCGCAAAAACGAAACGGUUUAUUCGAAAAGGGAUACCCCCUGACUGGAGGGGAGCCGCCUGGUUCUACUAUGCCGGCGGACCCGCGAUCUUGAGCAAGCAUCGGGGGGUUUACGACCAGCUGGUGCAGCGAGCUGGCCUGGACCAGGACAACGCCGGCCCUCCGUCUCGACCAAGCGAGCUGAAGCCUGUCAUCGUAGAGGACAUCGAAAAGGACUUGUACCGGACAUUCCCCGACAACGUGCGAUUUAAGCCGCCACCGCCGCCCCCUGGAACAUGCCAGCCCGGUCAGUCACAGCCACAGCCGGAACCAGAGAUUAUCACGUCUCUGCGGCGCGUCUUGCAUGCCUUUGCCAUUUAUAACCCGCGCAUCGGCUAUUGCCAAUCUCUCAAUUUCUUAGCCGGCCUCCUCCUGCUCUUUGUGGAGACCGAGGAGCAGGCAUUUUGGCUCCUGAACGUGAUCACGCGUGUCUACCUACCGGGCACCCACGAGAUGAGCUUGGAAGGAUCCAAGGUCGACCUAGGCGUUCUCAUGGUCGCCCUGAAGGAAUCGAUGCCCGGCGUGUGGAAGCAGAUAGGCGGCGACGAGUUCGAAGCGGGCAAGAAGAAUAAGGGACGACGAGGCCAGAAGUCGGGUCACGGCGCGAAUUCCGGCAGCGUCAGCGACCCCAACCGCCUUCCCGCCAUCACGCUCUGCAUGACGGCUUGGUUCAUGUCCUGCUUCAUCGGGACGCUGCCCAUCGAGACGACGCUCCGCGUCUGGGACGUGUUCUUCUACGAGGGCUCGCGCACGCUCUUCCGCAUCGCGCUGACCAUCUUCAAGCUCGGCGAGCGUGAGAUCAAGGCGGUGAAGGAUCCGAUGGAGAUGUUCGGCGUGGUGCAGACGUUUCCCCGGCGCAUCGUCGACUGCAACAUGCUACUCGAGACGUGCUACAAGCGGCGCAACGGCAUCGCCCACCUGAGCCAGGAGUUGGUCGAGGAGAAGAGGAAGGAGCGGCGCGAGGGCAUCCGCAGGUGGAAGGCCGAGCAGGAAGCCGCCGCCAGCGAGCACAGCAGUCCGCAGCCGACGACGAAACAACGGCUCGGUACCGAUGCCCUGGGGUUAGACCUGGCGACCGACCCCGAAGACGUCCGCCGAAAAACACCGCUGUUUGGGCGGCGAAAAGAUCGCGAGCAGGUCCGGGCGGCCGAGGUGGUUUAGGGUGCACCCCGGCCCCCGUCGACCCUGAUCGGUAACCCUUGACCGGCAACAUGAUCUUCAUUCGCUCCUUGGCAUCAAUUUCCUUUUGUCACAUGCAUCGCGUCGGGGACGCUUUCACUUCGCUGGGUUUGUAUCAGACUUCGUUCCCCGUCUUGCUUUUUUUUUUUUCCUUUUCCGCAAGCGUGCGUGCAAUUAAUUAAUUUAGCGAGACUUUGCAAGAUCUGCUUGGCGAGCGGGGAGAAGAAGGAUUGCUGCGUACCUUUGUAUGUAUUUUAAG